UAAUUGAUCGCACCUGAUGCUGAUGAGAUUCACCUGCUCUCAUUUUACCGGAAGACGCUGCAUAAAGACGGAGACCAGCAUAGCCUACACGCCAACUUCACGUAACGUGCUGACUUUACUGUCUUAUUUUUCUUUUUAUAUUGAAUUCUCAGAAAAUGCCUCCCAAAAAGCCAGCAGCAGACUCCGCUGAUGCGCCGGUGGAAGAGAAGAAAUCAGAUGCUGCGGCGCUGCGCAAACUUGCAACUCAUCCCUCCACAGCAAUUAUGGUGAAAGAAGCACUGCAGGAGUUGGACUCGCGCAAAGGGGUCUCCUCCCAAGCGAUCCAGAACUAUAUCAAACAGCAGUACCCCUCUGUGGAUUUGGUGAGGUUGAAGCACUUGGUCCGGAGGGCCCUGAAGAAAGGAAUCGAGACUGGCACGCUGGUGCGGCCUGCUAACUCCAAUGUCACCACCGGCGCAACGGGGAAAUUUAGGCUUGCACCAAAAGUGAAGGACGCAAAGCCAAAAGCUGAGAACGUGGAUCCCAAUGUGCAAAAAGCAGCCAAGGAUGAAGCCAAGAAGCCCAAGAAAGCAGGUCCCACGAAGAAGAAAGAGGCUGCCAAUGAAGAGGACAAGCCAAAGGAGGAACCCAAGCCUCCCAAAAAGUCUAAGAAAGAAAAGGAACCUGCUACCUCAGAGCCCACCGCCUCAAAGGUUGCUCCAGCAAAGAAGCCAAAAGCAAAAAAGUUGCAGAAAAGGAGGAUGGUGAGGGAGCUUCUGAUACAGCCAAAACUAAAGCGACAAAGACUACCAAGGAGGCAAAGGCGGGAAAGGCGACUCAGAGCAAGGCUGCUAAAGCAACCGACGACGCCCCUGCUGCUAAAGUAACCGGGAAACGAGGAAGGAAGCCUGCAGAAUAACUUUAAUAUUGACUCAUGUUUUAUACACUCUUGCAA